AUGAGCGCUACCUGGUUAACGAUUCUCAGCAUCUCGACUUGUGUGGUCCUGCUGAAGUUCAGCGAGAUCAGGAGCAAGGAGAGCUGUUAUUAUGUGACCUUCACCUAUGCCAAUUGGACGGAUGACCGACCUCGGUUUGUUGUCAACAUGACCUUCUCGAAUCAGACUGGCAUCGGCUCAAUAACCACCAUUAACGAGGAGAUUGCCUCACCGGUGUCUCGCAUCCUCAUACUUCAGCACUCCGGUCGGGGUAAGGCUCGCACCAUAUACAACGCCUCCACCAAACUGUGCGACCUGCAGAAUGUCUUCAAUUCCGUACCGCUUUUUAAGCCAGCCAAGGACAACAUGCUUAAGCAAAGUAACUACACUCUGAGCUGUCCUUUGGUCAAAGGCACAUACGCCAUGACCAACAUGCGCGUAAGCCCCAAGAACCCACUUCUGAGCCUUCUCUACCAACCGAAACACACGUUCUCCGUGAGUGGCGGCUUGUUUGAGGAAAUUUCACGUGGCCGCAGGCUAAGGGCGCUGUCCACCUACUUCAUGACUGGAAAGGUUGUGAAAAAGUACUGUGGAUCCAAUGAAUAA